GUGUCACAUGUGUCAAAGUCCUGCUGAAUGAGCACCUAGCAACACUUAGGUAAUCAAAUCUUUGAAAAACGCGUAUUUGGAAAUGUAUAAACGAGCUUUAACUGAUCGGUUUGACAUGUAAUUAACCGUCGCUGAUUAUAUUUUAAUUGCUAGGCGACGUGUUUAUUAUGAAUGCGGUCCGUUUGAGGCUGAAGUCCUUCACAUUCCUGUUGGUUAAAUGCGGAUCUCUCUCCGCUGCUGCGCCGCCGGCCGCCGCUCGCUGUGACUCUCGUUCCCCGCGGACUGUGUUUCAGUGUGUCCGAACAAUGGCCUCUGUUAGUAACAACAACAACCCGGAGAUGCGGCCGGGUCUGAAUAAGGCCAGGCAGAGGGAGCCGCUGCGGCGGGUGAAGACCAAAGAGAACCGGGGGAAGAAGCGGGAUCUCCACGGACCGUCCACCGUGUACCUGCAGGUGGUCGGAGCGGGGAGCAGGGACAACACUGCGUCACUGUACGUCUUCUCCGAGUUCAACAGAUAUCUGUUCAACUGUGGUGAAGGAACGCAGAGACUCAUGCAGGAACACAAACUUAAAGCGACUCAGCUGGACAGCAUCUUCCUGACCAGAAUGAGCUGGCAGAACGUGGGAGGUUUAUCAGGGAUGCUUUUAACGCUGAGGGACACUGGUGUUCCAGAGUGUGUCCUGUCUGGACCUCCACAGCUGGAGAACUAUCUGAAGGCCAUCAAGUCAUUUUCUGGGCCACUGGACACGAUCAAGCUGUCUGUGCGACCGUACACUGAGGAGGCGUAUUCAGACGACACCAUGACCGUUUAUCAAGUGCCCAUAUUUGCUCAGUCGAGAAGCAGAAACGGAUCCCCCAGGUCGGGCAGGAGCAGCCCGCCUCAAGGUCCCGCCUCCACCGGGAUGGACGACACCUGCAGUAACAGCCACACAGGAAGUCCAGGUGAAAGACGAGGUGUAACCAGAGAUCCGUCUCUGGCGGUUUCCUUCAUAUGUAAGCUUCACCCCAAGAAAGGGAAUUUCUUAGUGCUUCAAGCCAAGGAGCUGGGUUUACCUGUAGGCACAGCAGCGAUCGGCCCGCUCGUAACGGCUCUGAAGAGCGGGAGAACCGUCACGUACGAGGGGAGAGAGAUCCGACCCGAGCAGGUUUGCACUCCCACCGACCCCGGACCAGUCUUUGUUGUCGUCGAGUGUCCGUCCGAGGAGUUUGUCGAAUCUGUUUGCAACAACCGGCAGCUGAGGAGAUACCAAACCGGAGGCUCGGAGGAUCCUGUGGUUCUGGUCGUCCACAUGACUCCAGACUCGGUUCUGAACACAGAUGAAUACAAGAAGUGGAUGGAGAGGUUUCCAUCCACAACAGAACACCUGAUCCUCAACGAACACGUCAACACGUUCCACAACAUCAGAAGCCACAAGAUUCAGGCUCAGCUGAACAUGAUUCACCCCGAGAUCUUCCCACAACUCCAUUCCUGCAGCUCAAAGGAGCUCCAGGCCGCCCUGCACAUCCCCAACGUCAGAGGCGAGUGUCUCCUCAAGUUCCAGCUCAGACCUGUAAUGGAGUGGCAAAGAGACUGCAUCCCCUCCUGCAACACGGAGGAGUUUGUGAAAGAGGCUUCAGAGGUCCCAAACUUUCUGGAAGAAGUGGACGAGUGCAGGAAGAUCUGCUCCUCCGACGCUGCGGCGGGACCUCAUGGACGAGGAGAAAAGUAUCCUGAGGUGGUUUUCGUGGGAACAGGAUCGUCUCUUCCGAUGAAGAUCAGAAACGUCAGCGGCACUUUAGUAAACAUCAGCCCGAGUCAGUCGGUGCUGUUGGACUGUGGCGAGGGGACGUUCGGGCAGCUCUGCAGACUCUACGGAGAAAACGUGGACCAAGUUCUGUCCAAGAUCUCAACCAUCUUUGUCUCUCACAUGCACGCCGACCACCACACAGGGCUGCUGAUGAUCCUGUACGAGAGGAGAAGAGCUCUGGCAGUGAUGAAGAAGCUGUUCAGUCCCGUCUACCUGGUGGGUCCGCCCGGGAUCUUGACCUGGCUCAACCAGUACCACGAGUACUGCGAGGAGAUCCUGGACCACAUCAACUUCAUCCCCAACAGAUCUCUGUGCGAAGGAGCCGAGCCUCCGACAGAGAGGACGAAGUCGCUCAUCAAUGUGCUGCUGAAGAAGAACAACCUGAAGAAGUUUGAGACGUGCAUUGUGCGUCACUGUAAGAACGCCUUCGCCUGCAGCUUCGUUCAUCAGUCAGGAUGGAAACUGGCGUUCUCCGGCGACACGAUGCCCUGCGAUGCCUUCGUACACAUCGGAAAGAAUGCAACGUUACUGAUCCACGAGGCGACGCUGGAGGACGGGAUGGAGGAGGAGGCUGUGGAGAAAAGACACAGCACCACCUCCCAGGCCAUCGGCAUCGGCAUGAGGAUGAACGCCGAGUUCAUCAUGCUGAACCACUUCAGCCAGCGCUACGCCAAGAUCCCUCUGUUCAGUGAAGACUUCACUGACAGGGUCGGGAUAUCGUUCGACCACAUGAGAAUUCGCUUUGGGGACCUUAAAAUCCUCCCCAGGCUCAUUCCGGUGCUAAAAACCCUAUUCGCCGAGGAGAUCGGCGAGAUGGAGGAGCGGCGAGACAAGAGGGAGCUGAGGAAUCUGGCAGGAAGCAGCUUGGAGGUGGACUACGAGGGAAAGACGAGCGACGCGAGCCGAGCUGCCAAGAGAGACCAGAGAGAGGAGGAGGAGGAGGAGGAGGAGGAGGAGGCGACACGCGACGUAGAGACGAAGAGGCUGAAGACCAGCUGAAGAUGAUUUGAGUCAAACACGAGGAAGAGACUCGAACUGAAAGCAUGAGUUGUCUUAUUUAAAUGCAUUUUAUUUGGCGUGUGUGGCUUGAUGGAAGAGGACUCGUGUGUAUUCCGGCGCACAAAGCUGAGCUCUGAGUUUAGUUUUAGCUUUUUUUUUUUUUUUUCAUUAAACACAAUAAAAUGAGAACACACAG